AACUGUUAAUAACCAUGACCCUUCCAAUGCUAGCCUCCUAGUUCCUGAAAGCACACACAGGUCUAUGGAAUCCACACUUUUCCUCCGCUAUAAUCCCCUGCCUAGCAUGCCCCUACGCAUCUCUUCCCCUCUGAGUGCUACAAGGUUAACCAACCCUAAUUUUAGCUCUAACCAUUCUUCUCUUUCACUACCUAACAGUUCCUACCAGCGUCCACUUAGGCAUGCCUUCAGUCCCGUUGUUUGUGCCAUUAAUAGAUUUCCAGAACCUUCAACAAAUGAAGAAGCUGGUGGUGACAACAAAAUUGUAAGAGGGGCCGUAGGGGUGUCUCUUGUAUUGGCAUGUGUUCUUGGUGUCAUCAGUAGAGGUUGUACGAUGAGUCCAAAAGCCAAUGCGAUUGCGAGUACUCUUAUAAAUCAGCGAAGUGCUUCAUCUUUCAAGAAACUACCUAUAAUCUACCCAGCGGGUGGAAAUGUCGCACUGCAAUCACUUUUCGAUACUACUGUAUACGUGUCUUCACGUCUAGCCGAGCCCAGUAAGUUCAGGCCGUGGAGCACUAUUAAAAGGCCUUCAGCCAAAGACGUUAAAGCCAUUCAGAGAGAGGCAAUGCAGCUAAUAAAAUCUGGGAAGGGUGAUCAAAUAGUGAAGGAGUUCCGAGAGGCAUAUAAGGCUGUUCAGGGUGAUCCGGAGCCUGAAUUCAAUGUGGAGAUGGCAUUGGUUGAGGUUCUUAUGUGUCUGGGGAAAUAUGAAGAAGCCUUAAAAUGCAACUGUCUCAAGAGUCCGAAUGUCCCAGCAGAUGGUCGAGUUCCUCUUUACAAGGCUAUUAUAUACACCAUGUUGGAUAACAAGAUUUCGGCAAAGUAUUGGUGGAGAGAAUACAUAAGGACUGUUGAUGGAGGAAUCCCGAAUUAAUCCAGAUUUUCCCAGUUAACUCACCUCAUUUUCCAUAUGGGGAAAGUGAUGAGCUGAAAGAUAGCAAGUUUGGAUGCAGCAACAAAGUAUUUUGGAUAUAUUAUUCCGUUAUAGAACCAUAUUUGCAUAACAAUACAGUUUCUAAUUUUUAUUUUUUUUCUAAUAUAAGAAUGGUUGAUG